AUGGUUCUCCAGAGGCUCCCCCCUUCUGCCCUUGCGGCUGUGCAGCCAUGGGCAUUCCGUUCAGAGUCCCGAGGUGUGGCCAACGACUCGGUCAACGCCAUGGUCGACUUCGACUUCGAGCAGCUCCCCGCGUGCAUCUCAAUCCAAGACUUCCUGCGGUGCAGCCACUGCCGCCACUUUCCUCUGCUCUGGGACGCGCAGACCAAGUGCGUGGGCUACCGCGCGCUGCUGCGGGCGGUCAAGUUUUGGCCCGCCAGCCACGAAUGGCGCGAGCUCAUCCGCAGCACGUGGGGGCAGGGGCUCCGCCCCUUCCUGCUGGUCCCUGGGGUCCAGCAGGACGAGAGCGCUGGGCGGCUGGCGGCGCUGGAGGCGCUGGCGGGGUUGGCGGCACUGCAGGCGCGCGAGCACAGCGACGCGCUGCAGCGGGCCUUCCCCCACACCUUCCUCACCACGCUCCAGCACCUGCUCUACUGCCUGGCCGAGCGCCGGCCGCGCGCGCGCUUCCGGCUCAGCCGCGGCGACGACGUCUCCGCGCACACCGCAGACGUGCUCCACUGACUGCAGACGCGGCAGCCACCGGGCCGCCCCCUCCUCGCCGGGCAGCUCCUGGCCCGCUCGGUGCCGGUCCGCGACGGCUGCAGCAAGUCCUUUGAGCCCCCGCGGCUCUACCCCGGGCAGGCCUACCGGCUCCCAGCCCCGCGCGAGGCCGCCCGCCACAGCCCGCUCUUCCCCAGGGACGCCUACAGGGGCACGUGUCUGCAGCGCGCUAGCCCUGCGCCGGGCAGUCCUUCCACCCCUGCCUGCGCGGCGAGCGGCGGCCUGUGCACCGCUGUGCGCCCUACGAGAUGCUGCUCACGUGGGAGGCGCUGCGCGAGCCGGGGGUGA